UUCUGUGUAAGGUCGAAAACUGUGAUGAAAAGCUGGUUGUUUUCUCUGGUGGUAAUCCUACUGGAAAGUCCCUUGCUAAAGAAGGUCAGGGAGGCUAUUUGAACGUGGCAGAAAAUGGGCGAAUUCAAGAUCAUCAAAGUGGUCAAGAUGGUGGAAGAGAUACAGAUAGAGCUGACAAAACAGCUAGCAGUGUAAGCCAAAUUAUUGCCUCCUUCCAAAGGAUGUGAAUGACUCUUUUUCCAUAAUAACAUCGUUCUACUACACUGGAAAUUACUGCGUUAUUCAGUUCUCUUAUAAAAUGGUUUGUGUUUGCCCAUGGAAUAUCCAUAUGAUAAUUCUAAAAGUGGUCUUUAUUAAGAUACAUUUUAACAUGAUGGUGUUUUUUUGUUACCUAAUCGUCGUGCAUUCACAAUGUUCUGAAAACUGGACCGUAGGAUGAACCCCAAGAAAAACACUACAUCACGUGUUAAUCCAUUCUAACCAGUUUAAGUGUUAACUAAUUAAGUUGAGAAUAUAAUUUUAAAAUUUUUAAACGUAACACAUGUAAAUAAGCUUUAAAGAUCAAAUUUUGUUCAUAAGAUAAUGCCAAAUUAGUCAAAGACCAAAAUAGUUUACAAAGAAAAACUAAAUUUGUAGUCCUUCCUUAUGCUUUUCUUUUCCUAUCGCUUGGAUCAAGAGAAACCAACAUCUGCUUGGCAAUUUGUUUCACCAUUCAGGAUAUACGUGUUUGCUUCCCCAUGCCUUCUUGCAUUUCAUUCCCGCCAAAUGAUAUCAAUUGAAAUUUGGAAGACAUAUCUGAUGAGCAUCGUCAGCGUGUUACUAGGAGAGGAGUUUCAGAUGUUAUCGAUGAGAUACAAGUGUAACAUCUCGAGUUGUAACAUACGGAAAGACUUAAAAGAAUUAAUUUAGUUACCUAUGUCACCAAAGUUGACUUACUUUUUUUUUAUCGCACAUCCGUUUAAAACUCUAGAGUUAAAUGUGCUGAGACUGGAGUAGUAAAAGGAUGGAUGGUGAGCAGGUCUUGAGCCAGCUUGAAACAUCCACUGAGUAGCUGCAGAUAAAAACAUGUGAUAUAGAAACUCAAGCAGAUCAUUAUAGAGAACACAAGUUGCAGUAGCUCUCAUGUUACAGAGCAACAUUCUAUCUUCCGUAUAGAGUAGUCUAUUCUUUGUUGCCAGUUACGUGCAAAACGCAUGUUUUGGCGUUGAAUAAAACCAGAUGCCUUUUGACCAUACCUUUGGAGAAGUUUCCCUGAUAAGAUUCAAAGUGUUUUUUUUUUACUAAAAAUUGAUUUGAAAAUAUAAUCAUUAUGUUUCCAUAAGUUGAUGUCCUUCACAGUGUGUACUCGUCCUUUCCUCUGUUUUUCCAUCUCAUCCUCAAUUGCAUUGAGCAAUUUUGUACGAUGUCUACUCCUGCCUUGGUUUGUUAGCGUGGAUGACACAUUUUCAUUUAUUGGGAUGCCCAGAUCAAUACAUCCCCGAGAUCCAAUUAUAUCAUGUAAGCAACCAAGCUUGGACAAACAUCGAACCCGAGAGAUGUUUGCUCCCUGUUACUUUAGUAGCUUUCACCCUUCCACGGACCACUCUGUGUGUCCCGAACCGCCCAAAAUUAGCUCUUGCAUAUGAGAUAUGUUUGUAUUCAUUUUACCCAAAGAGAAGGUUGCAAAUCUCCAAAUAAGCUUAAGAAAACACACUCUACUAACUUCCUUGAGGCGUUUUCAACCAAUUUCACCCUCUUCUUUUGGACAGCAAACAUCAACCCAAGAUAGUUUUUUCUUCCAGUUACUCAAUGUUGGCCCUGACAACAAGAACGCUGAACAUAAGUUGUCAAUCUCUUGAAGAAAUUUCCUGGGUAACAUGAAAGCAAUGAGCCAGAAUUUGUCAUACUUCCAAUAACCGAGCUAAAAAGUUUCAUUCUCUUUUCCAUGAGAGAGAUCUCACAGUCCAGAAUUGCAUUCUCUGUCGAAUCCUCUCCAACAAAGGCAUGUAAUUCGUCGGACUCAUUUGCUUUGUGAGAUAUGGGAGCCUAGUUACCUUAUUGGGAGAGCACUCAUUGAAAAAGGAUUUUUUUUGCCUCCAUUCGAUGUCUCACAACAUUGUUUAAGGUGAGUUUGGUCUCGGGUGAAGUAAACAAUACUAGAAAUGGGUCGAACAGAGGCGUUUAUUAGAUUUCGAGAUGAUGUUACAAAGGUUGAGAAAGUAAAAGCAAGCCGGAGCUCGUGAGAGCUUAAACCGGAAAAGUACAAAUAGCAGAGAGAUGAUUGUACGGAUGAUAAACCCUAAUCUCGCCGCUAAGUUUAUGUAGCUAAGUGUCGAUGCCUUUCUCCUUUGCUUUCCUCUCCUUUUAUACUCUGUUCGAUUACCUUAACCUAAUCUCCUUUUACCGAUUGGGCCUUGUCGGCCCUUCGGGCCUGAUUAGGAGAUGAUCGCUCUGAGCCGCUUAGUCGAUUGGUCCCGCUUCGUUUGCUCUCCGCUUCGACUAACAGCGUUUCCUGGCUAAGCCGAUACCCCGAGAAUCGGCUUCCGAGCCGAGGUUGACUCGAUCUGCUGGAUUGGGCCCUUUGUUCGAUGGGCUUUGUGGAUGGGUUAAAUCCAUCCCCAACAGUAAGUCCCCCCCAGUUCAUUGAUGGUCGAGCAAUCGAUCUUCGAUGAAUUUGGUAUCUUUAGUUCGGAGAACAAAAGGUUCAAUCCGAGCAAGUGACUGAUCGUUGAGGAGUCAAUCCGUUUAAUCAACGCUUCUCAACCGAGGAAAUGGAUCGACGCAUCUGUUUAUCACGCGUUGCGAUCGUGAGAUAAACGCUUACGGAUCGAGAAGACGGAUCGACGCAUCUGUCGAUCACGCGCCUAAUUGGGUUUAGGCCCACUUAGGCCUUAUUAGGCGUAAUGAUGACGCCUUGAUCCCCGCGCUUAUAUCUCCCUAUAAAUAGCGCACCCCUCUCCACUUCUUUUCAUUUUUCUCCGCAGCGCUAAAGGUACUUUCUCUCUCUACGCUCCUUCUCUCUCUUUAUCUCUGUUUUUACAUCUGCGGUUAUCCGAGAUGUCGUCGCAUCGUUUGACGCGAGAACAAAAAGGAAAGGGGGCGGUAUCUUCUCGGGAUUCUGCUGAGAAUCCUGACAGUAUCCAUCAUGGAGCAAUGAUGGAUACGGAGAAUAUGGAUUUAGCGCAGCGUCUUUUGGUCUCGGAAGCAAGAGAACAGUUCCGGGGUGACGACGACGGUCAAGAAGCGGUCGACGCCUCGAUUGUUCCGAUCAGCUACUACCCUGGGAACAUCUUCGCCGAGGAGAGCCCACUGGAGGUUUGCGGAAUUCGACCUUCGGUCGUCGAUGGACAAGAUUGGUCCAACGUCGAGAGGACGAAGUCCACCGUGGAUUCGGUGGAGGCUAUUCUCCGAGAUCUCAAUGCACACGGGGUCUCGUUCAUCAUUCCAAAGCGGGAUCAGAGGCCUUGGUCGCCCCCGAAGGGAUAUCAGUGCAUUUACGAGUCAUAUUUCCGGAACGACACGAAGCUGUGGUUCCCGAUUCCUCGAAUCGUCACGACUUAUGCGUUCCGCAGAGGAGUUGCUUUAAGCCAGCUGAUGAACGGGUCUCUUCGGUUGAUGGUCGUUCUAUCGGUAAUUGCGGCCGAGGCGGGGACGUCGAUGAGUGUGAGGUCGUUUGAAGAGUUGACCUCGGUUUCAAUUUCCGAUGAUGGGCUCGUCUCGACGAGGAUGCGCCCAAACUACAACGUGGUUACGGGGUACCCGACCAAAACCUCGGAUUGGCAACGUUCGUACUUCUAUGUGAAGUUGAACAGGUCAGCGUUCGAGGAACCUCCGAAGUCUGGUUAUCGCGUUCUUUGGAACGCGGAGAUGGGUACUGCACACUGCCUUUCGUGAUGAUUGUAGCGUGUGCUCGUCUAACGUGUGUCUUUCUUCUCUCUUUUUUUUUUUAGUUGGUCACCCGAAUCUCGCCACGUACCCCGAGGAUUGGAGGGAGAGUGCUCGAAUUGUUGCGUUGCAGAAGCAAGAUCACUGGGAGGAUUUUACUCGGGAGAGAAUUCAGAGAUCUGUAGACCGGAUUGCCAACCGUAAGUUUCCACUACCUUUCUAUAUUUUCGAGUAAAUGAACGAUGUCUAUUAAGGAUUUCUCUUUUUGCAGAAAGCUGGAUCUCGGAACCGCAUCCUUAUAUUAACCAGUCGACUUCGAAGAGAUUAUCCCUCUUUACGAGAGCCGAGCAGAAGGAGAUCAACCGAGCUAAAACGAUGAAGCAACUACCAGACCUCAGUCUUAUUGUAGCCGGGAAGAUCGGUGCCAAGCGAGGCGCUUCUGAGAGCAGGGUUGGUCCUUCGGGACUGGAGGUCGUAGAGGCGACUCCAAUUGCCACUGAGCAGGCGCGUACUGGCGGCUCCUCGCAGGGUAAAAGCUCGAAGAAGAGCAAGAAAAGUGCCGGGGGUCCGAAGGAUUCCUCCGAGCCGGAACAUCCUGGUGCGGAUGGUUCUUCUAGGAAAGGGGGAAAAAAAAGGAAAGCCGGGGACCCGCCUACUGAAGAUAUUCCCAAGAAGAAGAGGAUGAAGAAGAAAGAACUGGCUCCGCCCCGUUCAUCCUCGGUCUGCGAAGAGGAACUUCAGGUUCUAGUUCCUGAAGCUAUCCCUGAGGUUGGGACCUCGAAAGAUGAUGAGAACGAGACCAUCGCCCUCCGCCGACGGAGACGGGAGAGUCGAGUCACCGAGGAGGUACCCCGUGGAGCCUUGGCCGGUGAUCUGCGUUCUACUGAGGUUCCGAGGGGAAUAUCGACUUCGGGAGAACAACGGGACCGCUUGAGGAAUGAGUCCCCUGCUCAUGUCACGGAGGGAUCUGAGACCCGAGUAUCCGGUCGCCCUAAGGAAACCCCGGCAGAUGGCUUCAAAUUCGAGUUUAACCGUGAGCUUCCGCUGGCUUGCUACCCGGAAGAUUGUGCUCGCCUGUUACGGUUGGUCAAAGGCGGUCCCGAUCAACUCCCUUCGGUGGGAGAUCUCAUCUUCAAAGAUGAGUAUGAGCACGCCUCUUGCUCGUCUGUAAAGAGCCAUGGUGAUUGGAACGUUUUGGUCGAGAAGUACGACUCAUCUCUCAGACGGGCCAGAGAACAGAUUCGUGAGAGCGAGGAGGCUAAGAAGAGAAUGGAGGAGGCUCUUCGGGUUUCUACGCGAGAAAAGGCAGACGCCAUUGCUCGUGAAAAAGCCCUUAGGAAGGCGUUUGACGAGACGCGGACAUCCGACGCAGCUGAGUUGCAGAUGUGCAAGGAGUCAAUGAACAAUCUUGAGUUCGUGGUGGAUAAGCAGCGGAAGGAAAAGGCUGAUCUAGAGGCAAAAAUGGCUGCGGAAUUGCUAAGGCAUUCCGAGGAGAUGGACAGGCUUCGGAAAUCUCGUAAAUACGAGGUCACGCACGAGAGGAUUCGCGUGCUGAUUGCCAUGAUCGCUAAAGCCGAGAAACGCUUUCACAGGAUUUCCCUUCGUGAGGACAAAAGGGACAAAUACGACGAUGCUCGGUGUCUCUAUAGUCAAGCCUUCGGGACGAGGAAAUGUCUCGAGCAGAUCAAGGCCUCUGGUGCAGAGAUCCCGCAGGAAACCAUCGACUUCUUCAUCGGGCAAGAGAAGCACUACGAGGAAGAAGCAGAGCGUUUGGAGGUAAAGGAGAUUCCGGCGGAAGAUCUUUGCCUUUCUCCGCUAGUGUUGGGUCGAAUAUUAAUUUGAUCGAUUCGGAGGCCGCUAUUG